AUGAGCAUCUCCCCUGCUCGGCUACUGGCUCGUAACUGCUGCAUCUGUUUGCUGCUUUCUCUAGCCUCCAUCACCACAGGAACUGUCACCAGGACAGCACCCACUUUGUCUGCUCACACAGAAUCUAGGAACAAGAACUCCACUUUUGAUAACACUAAAGGCAAAUGCCAGUUCAAUCUGACUGAUUCCAGCCAGUCGUUGGAGGUAGAGUCAUCUACAUAUCAACAUCAGGGCUUCUCACGGUGUGAGUACAUCAUCCAGGCUCCGAGUAGCCGCUUCAUCUUGCUCAACUUCACAGACAUCCGCAGUCAGUCUGACAUGCCAGUGGAGACUGGUGUGCUGCGUCAACAACUCCAGCAGGCGGCAACCAUCACCUCACACACCAGCCAAUCUACGCUCACCAAGGCUCCUCAUCCGGUCUCAUCUGUCCGCGAUAACCACAAGCAUGACGUGAAUGCAACCAGCUCUUCGUCGUAUUACCGCGAUCAACUCUUGUCAACCUUGGUGGCCCACAGUAGUGGAGACGGCGUUCACCCCGAGAGUGCAGACGACAAUAGAACAGACACCGGCAGUAUAUUCACUGGUGCUGACAGUAACAGUAGCCAUACGAGAGAACUUUCCCCACAGAAAACCUCACCGGAGCACAUUGAACAUGAGCAGUUAAGUAAGGACACAGAUAAAAGCAAUACAUCUUUCCUUAAUAAGAAUUCAAACUCUCCUGGAGUACAAAACAACAGCUACUCUGGACUGACGCCUUCAGAAUCUAUAGACAGGCUUGAUGUUCACACAGAGCCUGCUGUGUUCACUCACAACUGCAGUUUACAGCUGAUAAUUGAAGAAGUGAAUGGAACAACUGGGUCUGAUCCCCAAGUUAUUUGCUGGCGAACAUUGUGGCGAAAAAGAAUCCCCAUUGUGUUUCAGUACAGUGUACCUAUAAGGAUUACGUAUGUCUGGGAUCGGCACAGCCAGAGUGGUUUCUCAUUGGACUUUAGCUUUUUGAGGCCAGAAGCAGAAGCGAACUGCCUAUUCCGUUGCAACAAUCAUCUGUGCUUGCCGAAAAAACAGCUUUGUGAUGGCUACAUUGAUUGCCCGGAUCACUCCGAUGAACAUAAUAAUGCAUGUGCCCUAGCCAGGAAGCAUGAAGAAAAUGAUGAGCCGCACAUGAUCAAAGUUGUGGUCAUCAUCAUCAUAUCUGUGAUUGUUGGAGUCAUCAUUAUCCUUGGCCUUGUUUUCAUGAUCAGCCAUAGUCACUGCCAUGAUGGUGCACACCAGGGAGGGGGUCCUCUGCUCCAGCCACCUCACUCCCAAAGUUCUGAGGUGUGUCGAUCUCCAUCGGACUCCAUGCAGGAUAAUGGACAGUAUGAAGCUUUAUUACACCAUCCACAACGACAGACUACGGCAACCUUUGCAGUUGAUACUUCACGCUGCAUGGAGCAACAACAGUUUCUGCAGCAGCCGCAGCAGCAUCUGGAUGUGGAACAACAACAGCACCUGCAGUACCACUGCCGUUCGACCCAGGCUCACAGUGUCAGCCGGCACCCACACAUGAGCCAGGAACAGUUAAUACGCUCUUUAAGUUUUAGUGCGGAGUGUGCUAUACCAUCGCCGGGCAACCCACAGGUCAGCAGGCCCUUGCAACACCAGCAGUUACAACAACAAUUAAUUUAUCAUCAACAUUCAGAACUUCAGCCACAACAGCACCGGCAAUGCAAAAAGACACACAAACACGCGAGUCCCAGCGUGCUCUACCCUCCAAAUAUCCCUCUUUCUGCAGAUGGAGAAGAGGGAUAUGCAAUGUCACAGAAAGCCCUCCACUCCAAGCAACAACUGGAGCGAAACUGGCAGGUACAGAAUGAGGUAUUCCGCCCACCACCUAACAAAACUGUGCAUGACCGUGAUAGUCCUCCUCCCCCCUACUCCCUGAAUCCUCCAGGAACAAAAAGCCUGGACUCUCUUGUCCCUCCGGUAGGAGUGGUAUGUGUUUUGCGGCAUGCCCGGAGUUCUCUUAUGCCUGAACCAUCUGCCAGUGGAGUCCCCAGAAGUCACAGUUUAUCCUGCCACCAAUGA